UGUCAGGCAGCAAUGACCAGCAACGCGCCAAAAUGUGAUGAGACCCGAAGUAAACGUAAAAGAGAGCUGGAGAAUGAAGCUUCAGAAGAUCCUCCACUCUCCUCCCUGGACAAACCAGAUUUGGCUCUGCCUGAGUCUUCUCAGUCCCUUUUCAACACUGAAGUGCUGGAAAAGGUUUUAAAUGAGAUGAACAAAGAAAUUAUGAACUUGCUAUCAAAGUAUGCUCACAUUUUAAGUGAGAGAGCAGCCGUGGAUGCCUCGUACGUCCAGGAGCUCGACGGGAUCCUGAAGGAAGCAAAGACCAUAGAAACCCACUUGAAACAGAAGAGGGAGAGCCUGAAACAGAGGUUCACUGUCAUUGCAAACACUCUGCAGAGCUAA